AUGAUCCGCCGGUCACAGACGCUGUCAAUGAAGGCAGUACCAAGAGGUUUGACCGGAAAAGACGAUACGUUGAUUGAAAGUGAUCCGAAGGAUAAAGCUUCCCUUGGAGUCGUUGGCUUCCAAACGGAAGAACAAAAGGGAGGAUCAGUCAGUGCGGCUGAAGCCAAGGAUUACUGUAAACAGUUUGGACCCUCAUUCGACAGAAUUUGUCGAGGAGGAAUAUUAAAGACACAAAAGGAUACCAUCGAUUUUUGUACAAACUACGCAACAACUUGUGAGGGCAUCCAGACCGAUUCUCAUACGGAUGGUGAACCGAAAAGAGCGUCUAAAGCUGAUAAAAUGGGAUUCAUUCAAAUGAAGCAUGCAGAUCGAGAGAAAGAAGACGAACAAGAAGAAAGUAAGGAGGAAGAAGAGCCCGAACCUGAUCUAAGCCUAGAAGAUCUCAAUGAUGAUGACCUCAAAUCACUUGAAACUUUGCAUACUAGCAAGCAGUCAACCACUACUGAAAAACCUAAAAGAAAUAUGGAGAUUGACGCAUACUGCGAGAAAUACAGUGAAAAUUACAAUUAUUAUUGCGCUGGAGAAGACCCUGAAAACCCGCAACAAGGCUUCUGCAAAUCCUACGAAAAGCAUUGCCCUGACAAAGUGGAGACUGAAAAGCAGCCGCCAAACCCGUUUAGUGAAGAUAAGGGCAAACCAAAACCUGCGGAAAAGUCGGAACCAGAUCCAAACUUCCCGGAUUUCGACAAUCCAAAAUUCUUCCCGCAUUGCACUGCGGACUGUAAAUGCGAUUACCUAUACCCUUACGUGCAAAAAUUUUGCAACCCGCCACCGUUACCGUUUUUCUUGAACACUUGCAGGCUAUGGUAUAACGGGUGCCCUAAAUACGAGCGCUACCACUAUGCGUCGCAAUUCAUCUACAGUAAAGCCGAAAAAGGCAAGACUGUUGGCCAAUUCCCGCCGAAAGCCAAUUUUAAUAUAAUUUCUCCGAGUGGGGAACAGAUACCGGUACAUAUUUCUGAAGAGCGGAUUCUGCUAUUAGAACGAUAUGUUGUCAUUAAUGGAACUGUCCUCCCACUACCUGCCGACGUGCCAAAAGCUAAAUUUGGAAAAGACCAAGUAGAAGGCGGCGGACCUGGGCCCAUCGACAAGCGUCAAGUCCCAAUCGUCGCGACCGACAGCGUCUUUAGUGAUCCGAACCUCAGCCAAAAUUUCGGGGCAUUCACGGAUCCACACGGAAUUUUGCAUAGACCAAGGAGUAGAUCGCCGUUCACAAAGCCGGGUUUGUGGGAGCCCAACCCGGACAAUCCCCACAAUCGUGACCAUGCCAACAAAUGGUACUACCACCCACGUUCGGUGACGGCUGAUUGGUUGAAUGGACAGGUUGCCUGGGGUGCCCAUUGGGGAGUCCCUGCAGCGGGCGUCGGUGGUACUGAUGGAUUCUCGGCCAUCUAUUUCCCGACCGUCGGCACAUUCUUCAAUAUUCCCGAUGAUUACGAU